AUCACACCUAGUCCUGGGCACAGAGAGCCACUAUACCACACACAGACAUGGCCAGUAAGAAGGCUGCUAAUAAGAGACAGAGGGGAGCCCAGAAGAGCUGCUCUAAUGUCUUCUCCAUGUUCGAAGUCUCAGAUACAGGAGUUCAAGGAGGCUUUCGGCUGUAUUGACCAAGACAGAGAUGGUGUGAUCAAAAAACAGGACCUGAGAGAAACCUAUGGACAGCUAGGGAAGCUGAACGUUAAGGACGAGGAACUGGAUGAGAUGUUGAACGAGGGGAAGGGUCCCAUCAACUUUACUGUGUUCCUCGCUCUAUUUGGAGAGAAACUCAACGGCACAGACCCUGAGGACACCAUCCUCGCUGCCUUCAAGCUCUUUCACCCAAACUGCACAGGUUUCGUCAACAAGGAUGAGUUUAAACGAUUACUGAUGAACCAGGCUGAUAAAUUCACAGCAGAGGUGGACCAGGCGUUCUCGGCAGGCAACAUCGAUUACAAGUCACUGUGUUACAUCAUCACACACGGAGACGAGAAGGAGGAGUCCUAAAGGCCCUCAGCAAAAAACCUUGACCCUCAACCCAUAACCCCUGAUAGGGCAGAACUGGAAUCUCCUCUGUGGUUGUCUUUUGCCAAUCCAGUAAAGAAAUCAAAUCAACACCUGUUUGUAAAAUAUUUCUGUUUAUUUGUGGUUACAUUUAGAUACAGUACAGUUAGUACAAAUACUAUCUCACAGUUGAAUAAAAGUGUUGUCAUCUUUACAGUCA